AUGGCAUCGGCAUCGUUCGGCAUUCGGACAGCGGGUGCUCACGUCACUUGUCACUUGGCACUUGGCGGGCGCUGCCCUGACGAAGAUGCCCCGUCGGUGCCAGAACAUGCGUCCGAUCACAUCGACCCGGCCACGACCGAAUUCUCGCCCUCCAUUGGCUUUACGUUGCAUCACGCUUCCUGCAUACGUCUCAUGAACAGCCACGACGGCAUAGCCCUUCUCACCGCGACUAUGCGCCCUUGCGCCGCCUCUGCCCUGCUUCGCAGCCUUCGACUCAACGCGCCUGGUGGCAUCGUGUUGCCGAGGCUGAGGCAGGGUCGAAGUCGCAAGAUAUGCACAGCGUGCCUCUGUCGACCGAGCCAGACGUUUGGAGCGCGAGCCACGAGGCAGGGUCAUGUCGCUGCACCACGCCUGCACCCGGCGCCUCGCUCCUCUCGAGAGCACGUGGUGAAGAGAUUGGCCUCGACGGUCGCCGCGGCGAAUACCAAGAAUGUGAGAAACCACAAUCGAGGGCCGUUGCAAGAGUACGACCACCGCGUCGAGACUGGCGCCCUGCGAAACGACGAGCAUCAGAGGGGCAUCAUCGAGAGCCUGCAGCAUCUCCAUGAUGAACUGGCAAACUACGCAGCGCCGGCCGUCGUACACCCCGACCUCGAGUCUCUCAAGCCCUCCAAGUCCAUCUUCGGCUCCCUCUUCGGCCGAGGCAAGCCGGGCAAGGCCAAGAUUGGCGCGAUACCCAGCAACCUGCCUCGCGGGCUCUACCUCUACGGCGACGUCGGCAGCGGCAAGACCAUGCUGAUGGACCUCUUCUACGACACGCUGCCGCCGUCUGUCAAGUCCAAGACGCGCAUUCACUUUCACAACUUUAUGCAGGACGUCCACAAGCGGCUCCACAAGAUGAAGCUCGAGCACGGCAGCGACGUCGACGCCGUGCCCUUCAUCGCCGCCGACAUUGCCGAGCAGGGCAACGUGCUUUGCUUCGACGAGUUCCAGUGCACCGACGUCGCCGACGCCAUGAUCCUGCGACGGUGA